AUGCCUCCCGAACAGUCUCAUGAAUCUUCCGCAGAGCGUCGCCACCGACAUCUCUCCGGUGCUGAGUGUGAAAACGCCGUCACGGGCUCCGAUACUGUGCAUCCAUCCAUCGGUGGUGUUGCUGAUGACUUGGAGAAGACCACCAAGAUUAAGACUGAGGACAAUAGCCAAGAGUAUGUCAGCGGAGUCAAACUUGGUCUGAUCGUCAUUUCGGUCUCCCUGGCUUGCUUCCUGACAGUGAUGGAUAUUUCUGUCAUCAGUACUGCAAUUCCCAAGAUCACCGACGACUUCAAAUCCCUGGUUGACGUUGGCUGGUAUGGCAGUGCGUAUAAUCUGGGCAGUGCGGCUCUUGUGCCUCUUACUGGCAAGAUGUACAAUCACUUCAACCUCAAGUGGACAUUCCUUGUCUUCUUCUUUGCCUUCGAAGUCGGCUCUGCACUUUGCGGAGCGGCACAGACCUCGGCAAUGCUCAUAGUCGGCCGAACCAUUGCAGGACUAGGUGCCUCUGGCAUCAUCAACGGAUCGUUUACGAUCAUCUCUGCUUCAGUCCCCCUGGAGAAGCGGCCGCCUCUUAUUGGGACGUGCAUGGGGAUUUCCCAACUUGGCCAGGUGAUAGGGCCCCUUAUUGGAGGUGCCUUCACGACGGGCUACACUUGGCGAUGGAGCUUCUACAUCAACCUGCCCCUCGGGGCCAUCGUUGCUGUUCCGUUGGUCAUCAUCCAUAUUCCUGAACAGGUGGCAAAGCAGAGGCCACUUCGCGUCCUCAAAGGCCUCCACCGUUUCCUGGACCUCAUCGGCUUCGCCUUAUUUGCUCCAUCAGUCAUUAUGCUUCUUCUUGCCUUGCAAUAUGGGGGAAAUCAGUUCCCAUGGAAAUCGUCCCAAGUUAUCGGGCUUUUCUGCGGCGCGGGUCUCAACGCCGUUGUCUGGGCAUUCUGGAACCGUCAUAAGGGCAAUGAAGGCCUCAUUCCGACUUCCAUGGUUAAGAGACGUGGUUAA